AACAAUAUCUAACUAUGAGUACUACUAGAAGGACCAUACUCUUUUGGUUUAUCACCUUAGUCAUUGCCCUCUUUUCCAUCAUACUUUCCUUCUAUUCCAACCACUCUUCCACAAAUAGUGCUAUUGAAAAUACUAGCACAGAAAGUAGUUCUGGACUUGCUAUUCUACUAAGGGUUUUCAAGCAAAAUGGCCUAGAGGAUUUCUUUAAUAUUUUCAAAGAGAUUAUUAUUGCUCGUCGCCACCACCAUCAUCACCACCAUAGAAGGAGGAGGCAUAAACCUAAAUGUGACAAUUCUAAAUGGAACUCCAAGCUUGUAUCUAUGUAUGGCGUUUCACGUGUUAUUACUGUUGAUUUAAAUGGUUGUGCAAAUUUUAGCAGUGUACAAAAGGCCAUUGAUGCUGCUCCUGAUUUUAGCUCUACUAGAUCACUUAUAAUACUCGAUUCGGGAACAUACAAGGAGAAAGUGGUGAUAAACCCUAACAAGACAAAUUUGAUAAUAGAAGGCCAAGGUUACCUUAAUACUAUUAUCUCAUGGAAUGAUACUGCUAAUUCUACUGGUGGAACUGCCAAUAGCUUUACUGUUGCUAUUUAUGCUUCAAACUUCAUAGCAUAUAAUAUCAGCUUCCAGAAUACAGCGCCUAGUCCUUUGCCUGGUGAUGUUGGAGCACAGGCAGUGGCUGUAAGAGUAGGAGGAGAUCAAGCUGCAUUUUAUGGUUGUGGAUUUUAUGGAGCACAAGAUACUCUUAAUGAUGAUAGAGGAAGACAUUAUUUUAAAGAAUGCUUUAUUCAAGGAUCCAUUGAUUUUAUUUUUGGAAAUGGUAGAUCACUCUAUGAGGAUUGCACAAUAAGUUCAAUAGCAAAAGAAGGAACAAGUGGAGUUGGAGGAUCAAUCACAGCACAAGGAAGGAAUUCAGAGACAGAGAAAUCUGGAUUUUCAUUUGUGAAUUGCAGUAUUAGUGGCAAUGGAAAAGUGUGGCUUGGCCGUGCUUGGGGUGCUUUUGCUACUGUCGUCUUCUCCAAAACUUAUAUGUCGGAUGUGGUUUCCUCUGAUGGCUGGAAUGAUUGGAGAGAUCCUACUAGAGACCAAAGAGUAUUCUUUGGGGAGUACGAGUGUUAUGGAGCAGGAGCCAACUACACAUUUAGGGUACCCUAUUCAAAGCAGUUGAAGCAGAAUGAGGCAGCACUUUACAUGGAUGUUUCAUUUAUAGAUGGACAAGAAUGGCUUCUUAAAAUGGAGUAAACACAAUUCACUAACAUAGGCUCAAAAAGUAAAAGUUUAAAGAAAAUUUACUGAUUAAUAUAUUUUAAUUUCUUAGU